GGGAUCACGUUAUGAAAGAGAUCGCCUGGAAUCACUGAAAACCAUUCCAUCCCAGCAGAAAAGGGAAGAAGAUCACUCUGUUCAUCAUUUCACCUCCACAUCCUCCUCUUUAGCACCCAUCCAUCCACCAGUCAGGCGGAGAAACCCCCCAAGAUGGCCCCGAUCUCCAUCAGAACCGUUCUGAUCAGUGAGAGCGUUGACCCUCGCUGCAGGGCAAUUCUAGAGGAAAACGGCAUCCGUGUGACCGAAAAACAGACUAUGAAAAAGGAGGAAUUAAUAGCAGAGAUCAAGGACUACGAUGGCCUUGUUGUUAGAUCUGCAACCAAGGUAACAGCUGAUGUCAUAAAUGCUGCUGAUAAUUUAAAAAUCAUUGGGCGGGCUGGCACCGGUGUGGACAACGUCGAUGUUGAUGCUGCCACCAAAAAGGGUAUUAUUGUCAUGAACACACCGAGUGGAAACACAAUCAGUGCCGCUGAGCUGACCUGUGCCCUUCUAAUGAGCCUCUCAAGAAAUGUACCUCAAGCUGCAAUGUCAAUGAAACAGGGGAACUGGGAUCGCAAAAAGUUCAUGGGUGCAGAACUGUACGGCAAAGUACUCGGAAUAGUUGGACUUGGGAGGAUAGGGAAGGAAGUUGCAACAAGAAUGCAGUCUUUUGGCAUGAAGACAAUUGGCUACGAUCCAAUCACUCCACCUGGAGUGUCAGCGAGCUGGGGGGUGGAGCAGAUGUCUCUGGAGCAGCUUUGGCCGCAGUGUGACUACAUCACUGUUCACACACCUUUGAUGGCCGCCACAGUUGGUCUGCUCAAUGAUGAAACAUUUGCCAAGUGUAAGAGAGGAGUGAAAGUUGUGAACUGCGCGAGAGGCGGCAUCAUCGACGAAGCCGCUCUUCUUAGAGCCUUGGAGUCUGGGCAGUGUGGAGGUGCAGGACUCGACGUGUUUGUUGAGGAGCCGCCGAAGGACCGCUCUCUGGUGCAGCAUCCAAACGUCAUCAGCUGCCCUCACCUGGGAGCCAGUACGAAGGAGGCUCAGGCUCGCUGUGGGGAGGACAUCGCCUUGCAGAUAGUGGAUAUGGUGAAGGGGAACAACCUAGUUGGAGCAGUGAACGCCCAGGUUUUAGCCAGCACGUUCUCCCAGGAGUCUCAGCAGCUCAUCAAACUCGGAGAAGCCAUUGGAGCGGUGCUUCGGUCCUGCAGUGCAUCCAAGAAACCACUCAGUCGUGUUCAAAUCACCACUCAAGGGGACUGCAUGAAGUCCUGCACCGGGUUCAUGACCUCAGCGGUACUCGUCGGACUUAUGAGUCGGGAAUCAGGAUGUUGCCCGAAUCUCAUCAACGUACUGAGCCUCACCAAGGAGACCGGAAUCACGGUGAAUCAAACCCACUGUGAGUCUGGCGGGGUAGCAGCAGGUGUGUGUGAGGUGGUGAUCGAAGCCGAUGGCUGCAGCUUAAAGGGCAUCGGAGCAGUUCUAGGAGGCGUUCCUGUCCUGCUGGGGCUGAGCGACAGCGUGUUCAGACAACCCGUCACUCUGGCUGGAAAUCUGCUGUUCUUCCAGGCCUCUGCCAGUCCUCAGCUGCUGUCCUCGGUGGCUGGAGUGUUGGCCUCAGAGGGAGUGCAGAUCGAGUCUUUCAGCGCUCCUGUGGACCACACCGGGGAUGUGUGGUAUUGUGUGGGGGUGUCCUCUCCCCUGCAAGAUCUCAGUGCCUUGGAGCCUUUGGUUAAAGAUGCAGCUCAGCUUUGUGUUUAGGAUGUUGGGAACCAUAGUCCCAGAAUAACAUUUAGUAUUUGAAAAAUCUUUAAAGCUCUUAGGAUGAAUGCCUUGUUUUGGAUUUGUUUUUAUGGUUAACAUCUUCUUUUAGCAGUUGCAAAAGUUUAAAACUUGUAUUUUUGUAACAUUCUGGUGUUUAGUUGUUCGACAAGCUGGAAGUAAAAUACAAAUAAAGUGUUUGUUGUGUGCUGUUGA